AUGAGUUCCGAAGCCUCGAGCUCGAAACUGAAGGACCAAGGAAGUGUGGAGGAGCGAUGCCUGAACGCUCUAAAGAGAACGUUCGGGUAUUCGUCAUACAAGGGCAAGCAGAAGGAGAUUGUAGAAGCUGCAGUAUCAGGACAGGAUGUCUUGGUGGUAGCACCAACUGGGAUGGGAAAGAGCUUGUGUUUCCAGAUCCCAGCUAUUGCAGACAAACCUGGCGUAUCGCUGGUCGUAUCCCCGUUACUUGCUCUUAUGAAGAAUCAGGUCGAAACGCUGCGCGGAAGGGGCGUCCCUACAGCCUCAUUCUCUUCGGAGACUAGCAAGGAAGAGCGGCAAGAGAUCACGGAGGACCUCGAAUCUGACACCCCUCAGCUACGCCUGCUAUACGUCACACCGGAGAAAUUGUCGACGCAAGAGUUUCUGCGGUUGAUGGAUCACCUACAUGAUGUGGGCCAGCUUAACCGACUUGUUGUUGACGAAGCUCAUUGCAUAUCGGAAUGGGGACACGACUUUCGAGCAGAGUAUAGACGUAUCGGAAGCUUUCGAAAUCGAUACCCUGAUGUCCCGAUCAUGGCUUUGACGGCUACUGCUACACCAGACGUGCAAUCCGACAUCAUACACAACCUCAAGCUCUCCUCUGACAAUCUGUUCCGCGCUUUGCACCCUUUCAACCGGGCCAACCUUUACUACGAGGUUCGCUAUUUGUCCGACCGAAAUCCAAAGACUCGCAUGGAAGACAUCCACAAAUACAUCAAGACGCUAUACACGAGGCGAGGAAAGGUUUCUUGCGGGAUAAUCUACUGUCGGACCAAGGCGGCGUGCGAAGAGUUGACGCAAUUCCUAAGGAAGAAUGGAAUCAAUGCUGGAUCGUAUUAUCGUGGUAUACCGCCGACGAAGUUGGAUGCGACACUGAGAAGGUGGUUGGAUGGGAGUGGCGAGAUUGAUGUGGUUGUUGCAACGAUUGCCUUUGGGAUGGGUAUCGACAAGGGCGAUGUCCGUUACAUCAUCCACUUUGAUUUACCCAAGAGCUUUGAGGGGUUCUAUCAAGAAACUGGUCGUGCUGGUCGCGAUGGCUUGCCAGCCAAAUGUGUGCUCUACUUCUCUAGGGAGGAUUGUAUCGACGUGAGGAAAUGGGUGAUGAGCCCCAAAGAUCGUGUCCGUGAUGAAUAUCAUGGUCCACCUCCGACUCAGAGAGCAGGCGAUAGUUUGGAUGCACUCUUCAAAUUUGCGGAAAGUCCGAGCCUGUGUCGACAUGUGUCGAUAUGCCGGUAUUUUGGAGAAACGAUAGACACUAUCGACAAAGAGGCGAUGAAGGAGCUUUGUAAUGAUAUGUGCGACGUCUGCAAAUACCCGGAGAAAACUGCGAUGCGACACGCCCGGCUCUCACCAAUCGAGGUCGGCGAUUGUCGAUCUAUCGUUCUGGCUCGAAGCAACAAUUACAACACGAUGAACGCUCAAACCUCUUCAACAACAUCAGGGGUGGACAAGGGUGAUUGGUCCACUCGCCCUCGGAUACCGCUUGCUGGAAAACGAACGGGUUCGAAUCUGGAUAGAGGCAAGGAGGAGUUUAAGAAGAUGAAGGUGUCAUUUGCGCCUAAGCUUGUUACGAAAGCGCAUGCCUCUGCGUCUGGGCUGAGGAAACCGUUUAAACCUCCGUCUAUGAAUGCUGGUGGGGCUCGGAGUACGAGUGCCUCUGGUACUCUAGGCUCGCUGAGUCGACGUUCCGUGAGCAUUACCAGGAGCUCCUCGGACAUCGAAGAACGGGAGGUUGUAACGUCGAGCGUUGCCCCUCGAGAUGUGAUCACCAUUGAAGAGGAUGAUGAUGAAGAAGUCGAAGUAUUGGAUAAUCCUACGCAUCAAGGGCACAGGUCGUCGGACGACGAUUUCCAAGAACAAUUGGAUCUUUUUUCCCCUUCUGUGCAAGUCACGCCGGCGACGUCUGUCUCCAGGACAUCGUCCAAAUCUAGUGUCGUAGAAGAGACGUACGAAUCUCCUGCAUUGCUUCAACCCGAGUCUCAGAAGAUUCCUAUAUCCAAACGGAAUCAGGGCUAUGCUUCGAUAUAUAAUGCUCUCAAGGCCCUAUUCAUCUCCGGAAGUGGAAGCGAGAAGAUGUGGAGUCGCCUGAAAGGACCAUCAGGCCUUGCAGCUCGGGAAACCGCGUUGAAGACACUCGCUUGCAGUAUUGAAGGGAGUCACCUGAGAUACUCGAGCUCAGUGGGAGGUUACCAGGACAAGGUCGGGUUUACAGUCGAGGCUAUCGAUGAGUUGGAGAACACGGAUUUGUGGUUUAGCGGGAAGGCGGAUUUUUCGGAUUCGCAGGAGAUUUUGGAUGAAUUGGUUGGAAUAUGUAGAUGUGGUUAG